GUCCCACUUUCCUCAACAGAACCCACCAACAAACAUUUGUGCGACCAAGACAAAGACAUAUCUGAUAUCUUGACAGUUUGCAUCCAUCAGCGCACCUGCGCCCUCUGACCCACUCAGCGAAGGAUUCAACAGAUCUCGCAACCAUGGAGAACUUUACAGAUAUGACCUCGGCCGCUAUCAAGGCAUCUUUCGAUAGAGCUGAAGAACAAGCCAACUCUCAAGUCCACCCUCUUCACCUCAUCUCCGUCCUGUGGGAAGACUCGACCGCUUCCGAGCCCACGGCUGGUCAACCCACCCUCUUGAAGAGCUCGCUUGAACAUGUCGGAGGCAAUACAACACAAUUCAAUCGAGCACUCAUGAGUCGGUUGAACAAGUUACCAGUAGUCGAUCCCCCGCCCGCACCUCCUCUUCCGCUCACUCAAUCAUACCACGCCGUACUAAAAGAGGCACAAAAGCUCCAGAAGGAAGGAGGCGAUCAAUUUGUGGCGGUGGAUCAUCUAAUCCUUGCGUUAGCUCGUGUAGAAUUGUCAGAGAUGAAGGAGCUCUUGAAAGCUGCUGGGACAGAUGCGAAAGCCUUGGAAGCGGAGGUGAAGAGAAAGAGAGGAGGCAGAAAGGCAGAUAGCAGGAGUGCGGAGAAUUCGUUUGACGCGUUGAACAAAUACUGUACCGACCUGACGGCCCUAGCGGAGCAAGGCAAAAUCGAUCCCGUUAUUGGCAGAGACACAGAGAUCAGACGGGUCAUCCGAGUCCUCUCAAGAAGAACCAAAGGCAAUCCCGUACUUAUCGGAGAGCCUGGUGUCGGUAAAACAGCGAUUGUAGAAGGCCUAGCACAGCGAAUCGUCGAUAGAGAUGUUCCUGCUUCACUGCUGUGCAGACUUUUGUCCUUGGACAUGGGAUCACUCAUGGCUGGAGCUAAAUACAAGGGAGAAUUUGAAGAACGCGUCAAGUCCGUUUUGAACGAAGUAGAAAAGUCUGGCGAGGAGGGAACGCAGUGUAUCCUCUUCAUCGACGAAGUGCACCUUCUCCUGAAAGGAGGAGACUCGAGCGGCGGCAUGGACGCCGGAAACUUGCUGAAGCCAGAACUGGCUCGAGGCAAGAUCAAGGUCAUCGGUGCCACGACAUUGAAUGAGUACCGCGAGGGUAUCGAGAAAGACUCUGCACUCGAAAGACGCUUCGCUCAGGUCUUUGUCGAAGAGCCAUCAGUCCCAGCUACAGUCAACAUCAUGCGAGGCAUCAGGGAGAAAUAUGAGACGUAUCACAACGUCAGAAUCCAAGACGCUGCUUUGGUACUUGCUGCCAAGCUGGCCAAACAGUACAUGACCCAAAGACGCUUGCCAGACGCUGCCAUUGAUCUCGUCGAUGAAAGCUGCAGUGCUGUCAAAGUCGCUCGAGAAACUAGGCCCGAAGCGAUCGAUAUCCUCGAGCGCAAAAAGCUGGGACUCGAGGUGGAGAUUCACGCACUGGAACGAGAGAAAGAUCAAGCCUCUAAAGAGCGUCUAGAGACCGCAAAGAAGGCUAUCGCACAAGUGGAAGACGAGCUUGGACCUCUGAAGAAGGCAUACGAGAAUGAGAAGAAUCUCAGCGAUGAAAUCAAUGAACUCCGACGUCGAAUCGACGAGCUGAGAUCCAAAGCCGACGAAGCUGAACGUCGAUACGAUCUCGCGACGGCUGCCGAUAUCCGAUACCAGGCGAUCCCACAACGAGAAUCCAAGCUCAGGGAUUUGGAAGCGAAGGAAGCGGAACGUGGAGCAGGAGCCGAAGUGACUCCAGAGAUGAUUGCAGAGGUCGUAGCGAGGUCUACGGGUAUCCCAGUGACCAACCUGGUGGAAUCGGAGAAAUCAAAGUUGCUUCGAAUGGAGAAGCUCAUCGCCAAGCGGGUGAUCGGACAGCCCGAAGCUACUCGCAGCGUGUCCAACGCGAUCCGAUUAAGCAGGAGUGGAUUGUCCGAUUCCAACAAGCCAAUCGCCUCUUUCCUGUUGGUUGGACCCUCAGGAACAGGAAAGACGUUGCUCGCAAAGACCAUUGCUGAGGUCAUGUUCAACGAUGAGAAUGCCAUGACUCGGAUCGACUGCAGUGAAUAUUCCGAGAAACAUUCAGUCUCUCGCCUGGUUGGAAGUCCUCCUGGAUAUGUCGGUUACGACCAAGGAGGUCUACUGACAGAGUCCAUCCGGAGAAGACCGUUCCAGCUCAUCCUCCUGGACGAGAUUGAGAAGGCCGCACGAGAAUUCCACCAAAUCUUCCUUCAAGUCCUGGACGAUGGGCGAUUGACUGACGGGAAAGGUCGUCUGGUUGACUUCAGAAAUACCAUCAUCGUCAUGACCUCCAACGCUGGAUCAGUCUUCCUCAAUGAGAAUCCAUCCGAAGGGCCCAUCAAGAAAGACGUCAGGGAGAAAGUGAUGGGUGCCAUUCAGGCUACUUUCCCUCCAGAGUUCCUGAACAGACUUUCGGAUGUCAUUCUUUACCGAUCACUCAGUCGAAAAGAUUUGCAUCAUAUCGUUGAUUUGAGACUGGCCGAAGUUCAAAAGCGUCUCGAUAAUAACAACAAGAAAAUCAAGUUGGAGGUCGAUGAGCCAGGCAAAGAAUGGCUUGGAGCAGCAGGUUAUUCACCCACAUACGGUGCCCGACCGAUGGCCCGUCUCAUCCAGACUGAAGUCCUCAACCCUCUUUCCAAGCUCAUCCUUCAGGGUCGAGUACGCGAGGUUGAGACGGCUCACGUCACGGCCGAUCUGAGGCGUAAUCGACUCGUGUGUAUUCCGAAUCAUGAGCAGGAUGUCACGCACCCUGAUGAAGACGAUUCGGACAUGGACAUGGAGGAGAAUGAUGAUAUCGAAGUAGAAGAGAUGGAUUGAAAAAGGGCUGAAGGAGGACUGUUUCCAGUAACAAGAUUCGAGGUUGUAGUAUAGUAGAAUCUGGUAGCAUACGUUGGUACAUACACUCAUAUGAACAAAGAUAGCA